AAGUAGCUCAAAGACAAAAUAACAUAUCAAAUAGUAAUAGUAAUAGCAAACCCUGCUUCAUUUCAUUACUGAAAACAAAGCUCAAUAUAGCAAGUUUGCUGCCCAAACCUUCCCAACAGAGGGGAGAAAAAAAUUACACAGCACCAUUAGCAAAAAAAAAUGCACCAUUUUGGAGGUCAUGGUUCUUGCCUAAAUACAUUAUUCUACCCCGUUACCGUUAUCUUCUUUAUUCUAUUCAGUGCAGCAUCCAUCACUAAUCAAAUAUCUAAUUCUAAUGAUGAUCCUUUCAGUGGCCUUGAAAUCAAAAAGAGCAAUGGUAGAAAGCUGUUGUCAUACAAUGGUGAUGUUCUUGCCAUCAACCCAUACCUUAAUUUGGAGAAUUUUAGGCUAAAAAACGCGUACAUUGCAUUACAAGCUUGGAAAGAAGUAAUUCUCUCUGAUCCUUACAAUAUAACAUUGAAUUGGGAAGGAUCUAAUGUGUGUAACUACACUGGAGUUUUCUGUUCGCCUUCUCUUGAUCAACCUUCUGAAAUUACAGUUGCUGGUAUCGAUAUCAACCAUGGUGAUAUGGCUGGUAAACUUCCACAUGAAUUAGGUUUACUAUAUGACAUCGCAUUGUUUCACAUAAACUCUAAUAGGUUCUGUGGUAGUAUCCCUGAGAGUUUCUUGAAUUGGAAGCUUCUUUUUGAGUUAGAUCUUAGUAAUAAUCGGUUUGUUGGCAAGUUCCCUGACGUGGUUGUCCAAUUGCCUAACUUGAGGUAUCUUGAUUUGAGGUUCAAUGAGUUUGAAGGUGGGCUACCAAGACAACUUUUUGAAAGAAAUUUUGAUGCAUUGUUCAUAAACGAUAACAGAUUUUCUUCUGAAUUGCCUGAUAACGUUGGAAAUUUGCCUGCUUCAGUCAUGGUUUUGGCUAACAACAACUUUGAGGGAUGCAUACCUGUUAGUUUAGGCAGAAUGGCUAAAUUGAAUGAAGUGCUUCUUACAAAUAACAGAUUUCAUUCAUGUUUGCCAAAUGAGAUUGGAAUGCUGAAGAAUGUCACUGUGUUUGAUAUAAGUUAUAAUCAAAUUGUGGGCACUUUACCUGAGAGUAUUGGAGGGAUGGAGAGCUUGGAGCAGUUGAAUUUGGGUCAUAAUAUGCUGUCCGGAAAGAUUUCCAGCAACAUAUGUACACUUCCAAAUUUGGAGAACUUUGUGUAUGACCAUAACUACUUUUCAGAAGAGAGUCCAGUUUGUCUAAACUUGAAUGCAUUUGCCGAUGAACAGAAUUGUCUCAGAGGAAGGCCUAUGCAGAGAUCUGCAUUGGAUUGCCAGAGAUUUUUGUCUAAUGAAAUUGAUUGUAGCACUUUCAGAUGUGUGUUACCACCUCCACCUCCGUCUUCACCUACACCUACACCUACAACCCCACCUCCGUCACCUACUACCCCUCCAUCGGACACCAAUUGUACUUGUUUGCCUCCACCGUCUUCACCAAUGCCAACAUGUCCUCCACUACCGCAACUGCCAUCAACACCUGCGCUGCCACCUAUUGAGUCGCCAUCAUACCCACAACCACCACCUCCAACUCAUUGCAAUGCUACUCCACCGCCACUUCCUACAUUCUCUCCACCUCCGCCAAGCAUAUUACCGUCGCCUUCUCCAAUCCCACCAACUCAAAACUCUUCUUCACCUCCACCUUCAUUUGUAGAGCCUCCACUACCUUCUCCUUUACCGUGUGCAAAUCAGACAAUACCAGCAAGUCCAGAUAUGUCACCUCCAUCACCUUGAAAGCCAUUAUCUGACUUUACUCUUGUUGGUGUCAUCUUCAUUAUAUCAUCUCAUCUUUCUCACUCAAUGGAAGUUUAAAUCAUACUCGGUAUUGAAAAAAAUCUGGAGUAUAAUUUUGUUAAAAAUACCAUGCAGAAAGAGCUGUGAAUUGAGCCUCAUUUUUGUAGGAUUAGAGUAGAAGAGAUGCAAGAUGAAGGCUGUAAGGUGAGAAUUUGAUUGCUAUUCAGAUUGAUUGACUUCUCUACAAAUUUGUUAUUACUUAAUAAAAUGUAGAACAUGUUCCAUGAAUUGUCAGUAUAAACUAUUUUUUCUCCUAAAGCAACAACAUUGUAGUUGAUCAUGAAAAGGAGCCCCUUUGUUCCACAAUUCAAGAUGGUCUCUGACGUUACACUA